AUGCCGGGGUUCGCAGGGGCUCCCGCGGGACGGGAGGGCGCGGCGCUCCUGAACAGUGUCCGAGGCUCCGCGUCUCCCCGUCGAGUGGGUCAGGGGAGGCGGCGCCAAAGCCGGGGCGCAGCAGGUAGAGGAGGCGAUGGAGAGCCCGGCGCCAGAGGCUGCCCCGGAGCGGGAGGGACACGGGAGCGCCCGCUUGUACCGAGGCUGCGCGCCGCAGGCUCCCCGCUCCCGCCGCCGGCUCCUUGCACCCCCACACACACCGCCCGCCGGGAGCCGGCAAGCCAAAGCCAACGUCCCGCUCCCGGGCCUCCGCGGGACGGCACGCAGCCGCGCAGGCAACGGGAGCUGCGCAUUGUCCCGUCCCGCUGCGCGGGUGCGUGUCCGGCCCCCGCGCUACUCUCCGCUGCGCGUCUCAGCGCAAGCGGGCGGGGGAGCGCUGCGCUGACAUUUUUGCGACCACGUAAAAGCCUGCGGCGAGUCCCUCUCCGCCCCCUCCCCUCCCUCUACGGCACGGAUCGACGUGUCAGCCCCGAAAGUUUAUCUGUGGGCCCUGGGAGAGUUCCAUGUAAAGGUCCCGUAGCGUGAGCGGAGCGGUGAGACGUGGCAUUGCGGGGCGGGUGGCCGAGGAGCCCAAGUGUGUUUCCCCAGCCACUUCCCUGAAUUGAUACUUUCAAAGUGAAGAGGAAGAUAGGAGUGAGAAUGAAGAAAGCCUUGAAGAAAUCCAGUCCAAAAGCUUGAGGAGUAGAAAUAAUAGGAAAUGUUAAUAAUUCCAGUCUAUUAAAUAGGUCAGAAUUUGGACUGAAAUUAUGAAAAGUUACAAAUCUAAGACUAGUCCUGUUGUAUUUGUAUCUCUUUUCACAGAUUUUUGAAGUAAUACGUAAUAAAAAUAUUGGCACAUUUUUUCCCUCUACUAUAGAUGAUAAUGUAUUCUGCUUCUUUACACAACUUCCUUAUAUAGACUAAUUUAAGUUUAAAUUUUUUGGUUUUUAGCCCCAAGACACCUCCUUAAAGCAAGCCAGGGUAUGAAUCAGCAAUUCAUUAGUUGCUUCUCUCUGUUUACAGGUCCAUACUCACUAUAUUGGAUUAUUGUGUUACUACCUCACCAAGCCAUACAAGUGGGAAUUGGAUAAAGAGUAGAUAUAUAUGACCUUAUCAUUGCCAAAUGAUCUGAAGCACUGGAUGUAGAGCUUAUCUGGACCUCAGGCUUUUGUGCUGGCCUUUUUGGGGCCAUAUGGGUAGAGACGAUACUUGGCAUAAUUCCUGCCUUUGCAGAAUUAGACCAUCACAAUUUUUGGAAGAAAAAAUGCAUGUAAAUUGAAUAGAAAUUAACUGAAAAAGACUAAACAGAAAAGAGCUUUCCUACAAAGAGUCCCACUGACUGUCUUUAAUGGGAGUUCAUUUACCCCUUUAUUUAAAAGGAGCGAGCUUAUUUGUGUGACCAGUAUAUCACUCUCUGCCCUUUCACUAAGUACUUGUCAAGAGGGUUUAUGUAGAAAGUAAGACAGUCAGGAGCUUAACAAGUUGCACGAUGUAUUAUAAUUGAUUUUUCCAGCCAUACAUUCCCCAUCAGAUCAGAUAAUUUAGUAGUAGCAAUGAAAGUUACAAGUCCAAUUGAAGUGAUAUUUUCCUCACUUGCUCCUACACUGUGUUCACUUGCCUGUUAGGAAAAAACUAGCUGGUGUUAGUUACAGACAGCCUUUUUAGUCUGGAAUUGUUAAAAACCAAAAUGCCUAACAACUUGAAAGUAGCUAUAAAAGUAGUACUAGGCAAAGACAGAAGAGAAAAUAAAUUAAGAAUAAUGAGUGUUUAUCACUGAGAAAUGAAAAACAAACCAACAAGACAACCUUCUGAAUUUAUUUACCUUGCUGAUUUUACUUGGAUACUAAAGCACCCCCUUUGCAGUCUGAUAUUCUGUCCCAUUACUAGUCUGACUCAGACUAGAGCAAUAGGAGUGUAAGGAUGUACCUACACCAUCCUAGACUUGAAAGGAAGCCCAGCGCACAGCCCUGCAAAGUUUUGUUGCAUCUGGCUUGGCACUUGUGGAUUGAGCAGCUCUGUUCUGCCUGUCUCUGUUCGAGGCCAAACAUGUAAGUGUUAAAUACACAUGAGGGAGAUUCCCCUACCACGUGUCAUUUACAAGAGCAGAUGCUGUGAAUUAGGGGCAGUGCAUAUUGGUCUCACAUCAUGCUGUUGUUAAUACCCCUGAUUGUAUCUGAUCACUGUCCUAAAUCUCUCCCAUACGGUACACAAGUGUAAUUUUUUUUUUAAUGUUUUUCAAAUGUCACCUACAAGCAGCACCAAAAAUCCGUGCAAAAUCUGUGUUGAGCUGAACUCUCUGCAGUUACACGUUUAGCCUUCAUGCAGUGCUCUGUCCCAAAGAGAAGCUCAAAGCAAAGGAUCCCACCGUUUUCCAAACUACUGUGAACUUUGCUGGUAAAGUAUAGUGUAUGUCUUUAUUGCAGGCAGUCGAUUUAAAAGUAUACAGCUAUUUUCUACUAUAAGUUGUUUUUUUUCAUUCAAAUAUGCAUAAAUCAGCCUGCAUCAUGACUUUGUCAGUUCAGGGUAUAAGGAAGGUGACGUUCCUUGAUGAGCAAAUGUAGGAAGCAGUAGCAUUACAGGAAAAUGGAAUUAAUAUGCACUUGGUGAUCAUAAUUCUAGUACUAUCUAACAUUUGAGUGUUUGUCUUAUUGCCCUUAGCAUUCUGCGAAUGUCAGAUGUUUGGUAUAAGUUCAGGCGUUAGGUUUGUAUCCCUCUUAUAGCUUUCCAUAGCCUGAAACAGUUGUAAUUUUUGAAAGUAUUUUGAUCAGAAGUAUUGUAUUAAAAAUAUUUUUAAUUGGUUUUCUUUGUAUUUUACUUAAUAAAAACUGCUUACUUAAAA